GACCAACAAACAGUUCGUAUAUUCGUCUUUAUAACGAAUACGGACAACUCAUCGAAGCCAUGGAUACAUCUGAUCCGCUUCAAGUACAGUUCCAUUCGUACUCAAUAGAGUUUAAAACCAGAAAUGCGCUGAGCACCAAUAGGGGGUAUUAUUUCCUUUUUGACGAGGGAGCUGUGUUAGGAAUACAUUGCGGAGAACGGUCAAGGGAGGUAACUGACCCUUACUUUUGGCGGAUCCAUUCAUAUUUUACAACUUUUGCACCAUACUACACAACCGAUUGGUACACGAAUACAUUGAGACCUCAAACAACAGUCCAUGUAACUGCGUCAGGCAAUGGCAUACGUCUGGUAAACGGUCAUUCGCCGUACUCGGGUCGAGUAGAAGUUAUCCAUAACGGCCAGUGGGGGACGGUUUGUGACGACUCGUUUGAUGGAGCCGAGGUUGAGGUGAUCUGUAGAAUGCUAGGACUCCAGUAUGGGCAAGGGUAUGGCGGUCGGCCUUAUUCAGGCGCUUAUUACGGUCAAGGAUCCGGUCCAAUAUGGCUUGACGACCUCAUGUGUGGCGGCAAAGAGAACAACAUAGCUAACUGUCGGUCGGGUGGGUGGGGUAUUGAAAACUGCGCUCAUAGUGAAGAUGCUGGCGUUGAUUGCCAUGCUUUCUACAUCACAUACCCACCAACAACAGUGACACCUUCCAAUAAUGCAACAUCUACUUUUAACUGGUGGCAGACGACAAUGGGUUUGAGACCUCAGGAUGUUAUAACCGUCAGUUGUGAUGAGCGUGGCUGGGAGCUAGAGGUCGACAUGAAUAGACUUCGCCUGAUAUAUCCUGGCGCCAGGGCCUCGGAUAUUUACCUCGGAGAGAACACUUGCACCGGUGUAGAGUCGUGGGGUCGGCUGACGUUCCAGCAAGGCCUAAGGGAGUGCUUAACAUCCGAAACAAUACGAGGAGAUGCGCUGGUUUAUAAGAAUGAGCUAGUGUAUGCCGAUCGGGAUCCGCAAUAUCCGUUCAUAAUAAGGGCCUAUAAUUGGACGGUUGGGGUUGAGUGUGACGUGAGCCGGAACGGAACCUCAUUAGCUCAUAUUCACCACGAUUCCCAAAACACCUCUGGGGUAACUGUGGACGGUGCCAGCCACUAUGGGGUGAAUAUGUCCUUCUACCGGGAUCCCAAUUUUCUGAUACCAAUUUAUGGCAACCCCCUGCAAGUGCCCGUUGGAACCGACGUCUACGUGAAAGUGUUCGUCUCUUCGUCUGAUUGGUCAACCAAAAUGCGAGUACAUUCGUGCUACACUAAGCCGUCUAGAAAUUCACCUAACAACUUGACGUAUUACCUCAUCAAGGACGGAUGCGUGGAGGAUGUGAACACGAGACUUAUUUCACAGUCAACCCACGAGACCCGCUUUGUGUUCCAAGACUUUGAAUACACCGCGAAUCACGAGGGGAUUGACGUCAUGUGUGACGCAACAUUCUGUUCAGCCAGUGACGUAUCUUCAAAAUGCAGACAGAGUUGCCAUCCAUAAUGCAUAUUAACACACUGGCAGUAUUUAAACAAUAUGACACUAACAAUUGUGCGGUUGUUGCCUUUCUGUCUUCAACAUGUAUUGACAACCGUUUGUUUUUAUAAAGCGUGUGUAGCGUAGAACGCAUGAAUCCUGUGUGUGUAGCGUAGAACGUAUGAAUCUUGCGUGUGUAGCGUAGAACGUAUGAAUCCUGCGUGUGUAGCGUAGAACGCAUGAAUCCUGCGUGUGUAGCGUAGAACGUAUGAAUCCUGCGUGUGAAGCGUAGAACGUAUGAAUCCUGCGUGUGUAGCGUAGAACGCAUGAAUCCUGCGUGUGUAACGUAGAACGUAUGAAUUCUGCGUGUGUAGCGUAGAACGUAUGAAUUCUGCGUGUGUAGCGUAGAACGUAUGAAUCCUGCGUGUGUAGGUAGCGUAAAACUUAUGAAUCCUGCGUGCCCGAAUGUUAACUUCUUUACAAUUAAAAUAUUUACUGUAAUUUAAACUAAAAAUAACAACACCAAAAAUUAAAAAUAAUGUUAUAGAGAUAAUUUAAUGGCAAGAAUACCGACUAAAAACUUUAAAUCUUUGUGGUUAUUGGCUACCUAUGAGUGUAAACGGUGUUUGGUGUCUUAUGUGUCGCUUGCGGAUUGUCUGUUUUGCCUUUCUUAUAUGAAAUAAAUAUGACGUCAUAG